AUAAAGUUAGUCCCAUGAGUCAUAUGAUGAGUAGCCAUCAGGAAAACCUAUCAAAUUUUGUCAACCAAGUACUGGAUUUGCGUCCUUCCCUUCAUAACCUUGAUGUAAAUGAGAGCAAUGAUAUCAAUGUCCUCCAUAUGAAAGAGUAGAAACCCCCAGAAAUUCUCCCAAAAUCUUUAAUUUGUAGCUUAUUGACAUUCCACAUUUCCCAAACUUUUAAUAUCAUACAUUCUCUUCUUUAUUCUAUCAGUUGUGUCUAUAUUGGAGAUGAAGCAUCGGAGCACUCUAACAUCGGAGAAGACGGGUCUCCUAGCUGCAGUUUUGGUUUUCUUUAUCGGUGCUGCUUUGUUCAUCUCCAGCCUCACCGAAACUGGAAACUCAUUCUUUUGCUCUUUACCCAUUUUUGGCAAGGACGAUAAUACCCCCACAGCGAUUCAACUACAGGCAAUUCUCCAUUACGCCACAUCUCGAACAAUACCGCAGCAGUCCAAGGAUGAGAUUAGCGUCUCCUUUGAGGUCUUGAAAUCACGAGCGCCAUGCAACUUCCUCGUAUUUGGUCUCGGCCACGACUCGCUGAUGUGGGCCUCAUUUAACCCACAUGGCACGACGUUGUUCCUCGAGGAGGACCCCAAGUGGGUCAAGAAUGUCUUGAACAAGGCGCCGCAGCUGCGUGCGGUACAUGUGAACUACCGCACGCAGCUCAAGCAAGCGAACGACCUACUAUCGUCGUACAAAUCUGAAGCGACGUGUAGGCCGUCCGAGACAGUGCUACAUGGCAACACACAGUGCAAGUUAGCGCUGAGCAACCUACCAGAUGAGGUGUACGAGAGGGAGUGGGACCUGAUUAUGAUCGAUGCGCCUCGGGGUUGGUUUGCCGAGGCGCCUGGUCGAAUGGGUGCUAUAUUCUCAGCGGCUGUCAUGGCCAGGAAGAGGCAGGGACCGGGCUCGACGCACGUGUUCUUGCAUGACAUUGAUCGAAAGGUGGAGAAGGCUUUUGCGGAGGAGUUCUUGUGCCGUAAGUAUCUUGUGAACGCCGUGGGGAGGCUGUGGCAUUUUGUGAUUCCGUCUGCCGUUGAUGUCACCAACGCUGAUAACAAACAUUUUUGUUAACUUAUAUUAUGUUCACUAAAAAAAGAGCAAAUUUUAGAGUUGGUAAAUCCGGCCGUAAAACCACUAGGCUAGGUCAUGGUAAUAUAUUAUUUUCUUGGGUCAAUUAGGGAUAGAACAAUGAUGAGUUGAUUAGUACGGAUGUAAUUUGCGGUGAAAAAGAAAGAUAUAUUUAAAUUUAAA